AUGAGCCAAAGGAAGUAUGUAUUGGAACUAAUUAGUGAGUUGGGAUUGAGUGGCACUAAACCAGUUAACACACCUUUGGAGACGAAUCUAAAACUUACAUCAGUUGACUAUGAUGAUUUUAUAACUAAGGAAGCAGGUUCUACAAAUGAAGAUAUAUUACUUGUUGAUCCUACUCAAUAUCAACGGCUAGUAGGAAAGUUAUUAUAUCUUACUAUGACUAGAGUUGACAUUGCACAUGUAGUGCAAGUGCUAAGUCAAUUCAUGCACAGUCCCAAACAAUCUCACAUGAAUGUUGCCUUAAGAGUAGUGAAAUAUAUAAAAAAUGCUCCAGGUCUUGGUCUUCUAAUGCCCUCAGAUAGUUCUGGAAAAUUUGUAGCAUAUUGUGACUCUGACUGGGGUGGUUGUUUACAGACUAGGAGGUCUGUCACAGGAUACUUAGUGAAGUUUGGCAAUGCUAUAGUGUCUUGGAAGUCAAAGAAACAAGAAACAGUAGCUAGAAGCUCUGCUGAAGCAGAGUUUAGAAGCAUGGCUUCUGUUGUGGCUGAAGUAACUUGA